CUGAUGUGUUUUUUCGAUUUUCGUUUUUUCCUCAUUUAUUUUCCCCCAAACCAACGUCAUCCCCUUUUCUCCCCCCUCAACCCCUCGUCAUCGCCUCUCCGAUUCGCCGACUCGUCUCAUGAACUGAUCUCUCCAUCGCCAUGGAAGAGAUCUCCAAUCUCUUAGACCUCUUCAAGGAUCGCAGUCCCCAUCGCGAUUUCGCUCACCGCUUCCGCUCCGCUCCGAUCAAGUCCGCUCUCUUUCGAUUCCUUGCGAUCCUCGAUUCCGAAGCCCGGCUAGGGUUGGAGUCGUGUAGCGCAUCUCAGAUCGAUGCAGUCAUCUUCGCCGCCAAAUUGCUCGUCGGCUCUUCUCUCUCGAUUUCAGCGGAGAGCGGAGAGUCGUUGGUUUUGGUGAUCCUUGAGAAGUCGGUGGAGUUUUGCCUCUCUAUUCUAGAGAAGAUGAAGUUCGAUGACGCCGAUUUCAGAUUGCAGGUAUCAUAUUUUCUUGGCCUUCUGUUGGAGAUUGGUUAUCUGGUUUGUCAUUGGUUAAUUUCAUGAAUGCAUUCAGGAAGGUAUUUCUUCUUCGUCUUCACUCCUCUAUACAAAAACCUAACUCUAAGCGUUAGUUCUGCUUAAUUCACGCUAUCCCCUUUUAGUUCUUCAGUCCUCUUAUUUUGUUCUAAUUUUGCCCUAAUCUGAACCUCGAUCAGCAGAGCACCAAAGUCC